GCUUAUAAUUACACAAAAAAGUGAUACUUCAAAUAAGCAUACUGGAGAUUACCUAUUAUUUCCUAAUAAACUAUCUAACAAAAAAACAAAACAUGUAAAAAAAGAAUCACUUAUACUAAAGAAACUUAUAAAAGAAUUAUCUACCAAGUCUAGUACUCCACAAGAUCCUGUAAUUAGAAAAGAAAAUGCAAAUAAUUUUGUCGAUUUAUACAAUAAUAUAAUCUAUACGAAAACUCAAAAUGAAAUUAUAAAUCAAGAA